GGAGGCAGCAUGGACUUGGAGGCGUUAGAGAGUAGUCAUAGUCCUGCGCCGGACAAUCAGUACGAGCGAGAAGGCUACACGACCCGAGGGCUCACACCUCUUAAAGGGCACCCAGAAAAGUCAGACUUGCUGUCAUCAGACGUGAAGAGGUCACAACCCCUGUUAAUACAGAGCGGCAGGUGGGGGCGGUUACGAGAUGAAGAGUCCAGAUCAUCUUCACUACCUGACAUCCCUAAUCCAUUCCCGGAACUUUGCAACUCCUCCCCUAUUCUCAGCAACACACCUAAUAGCAGCUCCCCUCUGGAAGGGGGUCCCCAUAUGGUGAAGGUGUUCAGUGAGGAUGGCACGUGCCGGUCAUUAGAAGUGACAGCUGGAGCAACGGCUCGACAUCUGUGUGACAUGCUGGUGGAGAAGGCCCACUGCCUGAGUGACGAGAGCUGGUCUCUAGUGGAGCUACAUCCGCAUCUGGGGCUCGAACGCUGCCUUGAAGAUCACGAGUCAGUGGUGGAGGUUCAGGCCAUGUGGCCCGCAGGAGGAGGACAGCAAGUUCAUUUUUCGAAAGAAUUUCACCAAGUAUGAAUUAUUCCGGGGAUCUCCAUAUGCAUUAUUCCCAGAAGACAUGAUUGCAGGAAACCUAGAAGCUCACAAAGGACUGUCUCACUCAGAGCUCAUACAGAAUUUCCUCAACUCAGGCAGUUGGCCAGAGAUCCAAGGCUAUUUACAUAUGAAGGAGAGCGGGCGCAAAGUCUGGAAACGGUUCUUCUUUUUCCUGCGCCGGUCGGGGCUUUAUUACUCCACCAAGGGGACCUCAAAGGAUCCUCGGCACUUACAGUAUUUUGCUGAUGUGAAUGAAUCCAAUGCCUACUGCCUGACACAAGGCAAGAAGCUCUACAGCGCGCCUACUGAGUUUGGGUUCUGCUUAAAGCCCUACAAGAUGCGGAGUGGCACUAAAGGGCUGAAAAUUUUGUGCAGCGAGGAUGAACAAUCUCGCACCUGUUGGCUUACUGCCAUUCGACUGUUUAAGUAUGGGGCUCAGCUCUACAAAAACUACCAGAUUUCCAGGCGCGGUCCCCAACCUUGGACAGAUCUAAAAAAACAGCGCAGCGUCUCAGAUAGCACAUUGGUCCCUAUGGAUUUUUCAGGCUGCACAGGUCGAGUGAUAGAGAAUCCUCUGGAGGCAUUGUCUGUGGCCUUGGAAGAGGCCCAGUCCUGGAGGAAAAAGACAACUCAGCGUUAUAGUCUGCCCAACCCAUGCCAAACUACCCCAAGCAGUGCAGUCAUACACAAGACUCAAGCAUGGUAUCAUGGGCGUCUAUCAAGAGAUGAGACUCAGCGUCUCAUGAUGCAGCAAGGAAUGGUGGACGGAGUUUUCCUGGUGCGAGAAAGCACAAGAAAUCCCAAAGGAUUUGUCCUGUCAUUGUGUCACUUGCAGAAGAUCAAGCACUACCUCAUCCUACCGUGUGAGGAAGAUGGCAGACCCUACUUCUCUAUGGAUGAUGGACAAACCAAAUUUGUGGACCUUAUUCAGUUGGUCGAGUUUCACCAGAUCAAUCGGGGUAUUCUCCCAUGUACUCUCAAGCACUAUUGCACUUGUGUAGCACUGUAA